GUGUUAGGGCGCGGAGAGGCGAUAUCUGGCAACAUGGCUACUGAACAUGUUAAUGGGAAUGGUACUGAAGAGCCCAUGGACACUUCUGCUGCAGUUACCCAUUCUGAGCAUUUCCAGACAUUGCUUGAUGCUGGUUUACCACAGAAAGUUGCUGAAAAACUAGACGAAAUUUACGUUGCAGGGCUAGUUGCACACAGUGAUCUAGAUGAAAGAGCUAUUGAAGCUUUAAAGGAAUUUAAUGAAGAAGGUGCAUUGGCAGUGCUUCAACAGUUUAAAGACAGUGAUCUCUCACAUGUUCAGAACAAAAGUGCCUUUUUAUGUGGAGUCAUGAAGACAUACAGGCAGAGAGAGAAACAGGGGACCAAGGUGGCAGAUUCUAGCAAAGGACCAGAUGAGGCCAAAAUUAAGGCACUCUUGGAAAGAACAGGUUACACUCUUGAUGUGACUACUGGACAGCGGAAGUAUGGUGGCCCUCCUCCAGAUUCUGUGUAUUCAGGGCAACAGCCUUCUGUUGGUACAGAGAUAUUUGUGGGCAAGAUUCCAAGAGACUUAUUUGAGGAUGAACUUGUUCCAUUAUUUGAGAAAGCUGGGCCUAUCUGGGAUCUGCGCUUAAUGAUGGAUCCACUGACUGGUCUAAAUAGAGGAUAUGCUUUUGUCACUUUCUGUACUAAAGAGGCAGCUCAAGAGGCUGUUAAACUGUACAACAAUCAUGAAAUUCGUUCCGGGAAACACAUUGGUGUAUGCAUCUCUGUUGCCAAUAACAGGCUUUUUGUUGGCUCUAUUCCUAAGAGUAAAACCAAGGAACAGAUUGUUGAAGAAUUUAGCAAAGUUACAGAGGGUCUGACAGAUGUCAUAUUGUACCAUCAACCUGAUGACAAGAAAAAAAACAGGGGUUUCUGUUUCCUUGAAUAUGAAGAUCAUAAAACUGCUGCUCAAGCCAGGCGCAGGUUAAUGAGUGGCAAAGUAAAAGUCUGGGGAAAUGUUGUUACAGUUGAAUGGGCUGAUCCUAUAGAAGAUCCAGAUCCUGAAGUCAUGGCAAAGGUGAAAGUACUUUUUGUACGUAACCUUGCCAAUACUGUAACGGAGGAGAUUCUAGAAAAGGCCUUCAGUCAAUUUGGAAAAUUAGAGCGAGUGAAGAAAUUAAAAGACUAUGCUUUCAUUCAUUUUGAUGAACGGGAUGGUGCUGUAAAGGCAAUGGAAGAAAUGAAUGGUAAAGAUUUAGAGGGAGAAAAUAUUGAAAUUGUUUUUGCUAAGCCACCAGAUCAAAAAAGGAAAGAACGGAAAGCUCAGAGACAAGCAGCUAAAAAUCAGAUGUAUGAUGAUUACUACUAUUAUGGUCCACCUCAUAUGCCCCCUCCAACAAGAGGUCGAGGCCGAGGAGGUAGAGGUGGUUAUGGAUAUCCUCCUGACUAUUAUGGAUAUGAAGAUUAUUAUGAUUAUUAUGGCUAUGACUACCAUAAUUAUCGUGGUGGAUAUGAAGAUCCUUACUAUGGUUAUGAAGAUUUUCAAGUUGGAGCUAGAGGAAGGGGUGGUAGAGGAGCAAGGGGUGCUGCUCCAUCCAGAGGUCGCGGGGCUGCUCCUCCCCGUGGCAGAGCCGGUUAUGCACAGAGAGGUGGUCCUGGAUCAGCAAGAGGCGUUCGUGGUGCGAGAGGAGGUGCCCAGCAACAAAGAGGCCGCGGGGUACGUGGUGCGAGGGGUGGCCGCGGUGGAAAUGUAGGAGGAAAGCGCAAAGCUGAUGGGUACAACCAGCCAGAUUCCAAGCGGCGCCAGACCAAUAAUCAGAACUGGGGCUCCCAACCCAUUGCUCAGCAACCGCUCCAAGCAGGGAAAAGGGGUCGAGGCCGGUCCUGACCUGUUACAAUGAAGACUGACUUGCUAUGUGGGGAUUACACCAGAAGCUUGCAGUGGAGUAAUGGUAAGGAAAUCAAGCAACCUUAAGUAUAUCGGCUGUAUAGGAGCAUAUUCUAUUGCAGAAGACCUUCCUACGAAGAUCAUGGAUUCAAAUAUGGGACAUUUGAACUAAUACUUGGACUUUGAUAUGAAUUUCUUUAACAGUUUUCUCUGCAGUGCAAGUUAUUAAACUAAAGCUACUCUAUUUCCCCAAUGUGUUCAACAAAAUCCUUAACUUCUAGCAUGGUAUCUUAAUAAAGAAUAAAGUUCUUCUCGUUAAAAAAUCUGCUUUAAGUAGAUUUUUCCCCCAGGUUUUCUUAAUUAAGGAUUCCAAGAGUGGUAUUCUUGAAUUCUUGCAUUGACAUUUUUAUUGCAGUGGUAUGGAUGAAUGCCACCAUUGGUAUCCUUAAAUUUUAUUUCUGCUCACGAAGGUUAAUCAUGAUUGUCUAUAUAGUAAUCACUUUUGAAUUGUGUUCAGAUACAGCAGUUUCAGGUGUAAUCAUCAGAGCUGGUUAGUCAGGCAUUCCAGAUAGUGGUUCUUUUCAGAACCUUUUUUAAAGGGUUGGUUAACUACCUCAGUAGCAGAGGAUUGAACUAUACCCUGUCUGUACUGUACAUAGAAAAUCUUUGUAGAUAAAAGCAAGGCUUGUUUAAUAUGAUAUGAGGGUAAGAUUAUAAUAUACCAAAUGUAACAUUCUUAGUUGCCUUUAGUUUCAGAGGCUUUGUAAGAGAUUUCCUCAUGACCAUCAUAACAGGCCUUGCUUUUGUCGUAUUUUGUGGCUGAAAAAGCAGCCUUGCUUCUUCAGAUAUUGUAGUUAUUUGGAUGUAUAAUAGUUUAGCAAGAUGUUACUUUUGUAAGACAUCAGAUGUUCAAAAAAAGUGCAUCAGCAACUUGUACUAAAUACUGCAGUGUCCCUUUAUAAAAGGUCAGACUAAAACUGACAAGUGUACAGUGAAGCCUGACAUUUGGAUAUUUUGAAGUUUUUCAUAAAUCAUAGAAUAGUAUAUGGCUGUAGGUUAGCUUUUUUAGGUAAAAGGUUUGUUUUCAUUAGUGCAUUUCUUAUUGCUGAUCGCUGUAAAAACAUGUGGAUCAGCUUUCCAUUUCUCUUAUGCAGAUCAUGAUAACCUGUAGAGUAGAGUAGAGUACAAUCAUUUGUGCUAUGUUUUUAAUUUUCUAAAGCACCUUGAUGACAGUGAGUGUUCAGUGGUGAAGCAUCCUCUAUUGAAUCACCCUUCAAAAGAACUUGUCAAGUCCAAACUCCAUAUAGGUAAAAAUAAGUGAAAUUACAAUUUUUAAUUUGGACUUGACACAAAGAGCUUCCCUUAACCCCUUCCCAAAGGGAUACUGCAGUUAUACUACAUACCCAUAGGCACCACAAUUUAAAUUGAAGCUUAUACUGAAUUAAGGUUUUAUACACACCAGUUCUCCCCAGUAAAUGCAAAUUUUAACAAAAUUAGACAUGUCAUAUGUUGAAAAUGCUCAUGGCAAACAAUCAUUUUGCAUUCCUGCAAAUAAAAUUGUUUUAUACUGUAAGCUGGAGGCGAGUGUAACUUAUUUUUGUAAUAAAGUUUUUAUUUUUUUUAUGUGUCAUUAAUAUAAAUGUGUGUUAGUACAGAGAUCUUCUGGUUUAAAAACUUAGAACCACACACAUUUCGGUAUGUUUACUUGUAAUUACAUAAUUUUUAGAAUAGUGGUUGCCAAUAGCCUGUAUGUUCACAUUAAUUGAAUUUUUUGUUAUCUUAAUAAACCAUUUUAGUAUGUUGUAUGUCAAUUACUGGGAUAGCUGGGACAUGAAGUGUAAUUUAAAAUUGUCAAGUAUUCAUUGGAAUAUGUAAAUAUGUGCCUUGCCAGUUAUGAACCUUAGAAAACCUAAGUGGAUGAUGGUGAAAUGAGACACUUGCUACCAGUUUCAUAUACUGCCCGUGCUAAAGAAAUUUCUUCCUUUUUCUCACAUGUGAUCCUAAAAGUAUAAGAUUGCAUCAGCUUCUAAAACUUUAAAGUGAUAGAAUAUUAGGCUUAUGGAAAGUGGAUUUGCUAAAUGUAGCCUUAAGUUUUUAAUUUUUGAAUUUCAAUGUAAUCCUUGGUGCUGGCAGUUCCCAGUGCCAAGGAGUUAAACGCUCCCUUCAAAGAGGUUGCCAUGCCUACUGGCAUUUUUACUGUCAUAUGGUUUUAUAAGGAGCACUGUCAAGGUGUUUAAACUGAAUCUGGGACUUGCUAUUUAAAGUUGUUAUAAACUAACUGGGGGCCAUGGGAGAAGGGGAGUCCUCCAAUUUUGAAAUCUCUCCAUUGCUUGAGAAAUUUUGAAAAAUGCUUUCAUGGGCUCAUAAGUGCCACUCUUACUCUGAAAAAAUUGAGCACUUACUCUUAGAGGAGCUGCAACAAUUGGCACUGGUGCAUAAAAAUUUGACACUGAGGCAUGUAAGGUUGAAAUUGUGGACAAAUCUAUCAAUUUCAGCUCUGUUCAAAAUUCAGGGGGGAAAUACUGGCAAAUGUCAAUUGUUAGGAAAGUGUGUUUGUUUUUAUGGAAUGAAAGCAAUGGUGAGUAAAUAAAACUAUCAGGAUCUUGACAGUGUUCUUUUUAAUAAUUAUGAACUCAAGCCAUUAUAUCUUUUAAAAUUAAAUAUGAUUUGCACUGUUCUGAUAUUGGUGCAGUUUUUUAGCUAAACUAUCAGAAAGCUGAAGUAAAAUGCAUGUGGUAACUAAUAUUGUGGAAAAAACUGAAGCUUUCAAAAAUGUUAAGAUGCUUUCAUAGCUUUAAAUUCAGUUGUGUAAAGGAAAAAACAAACUUCAGUAUUAAGUACUGAUAGAGAUUGGGCAGGUGUGUAGAUAAGGCAUUGGUUUGGUUGCACUGGGUGCUGGUAAACUUGAAAUGUUCUACAGCAAUAAUGCAGUUUUUAUGGAAUACAAUGGUGUUUAUAAAUGAACAUAAUAUACACUUUCUAUCAGCAUGCUGAAGGCAACUGUCUGCUAUCUGAUGUAUUAUAUUAUCUGUGGUUGUGUUCAUAGGGUUUUUUCCCACUGAAAUACUUGCAAAGAAUGGAGAGUAGAAGCUAGUAAACAUUCCACAGUAGCUUGUGCAGAUGAGUUCCAAAAUUUACAGGAUAGCUCGAUUAGUGAAAAAAUGAGAAGCCUCUGUUGCCUAACACUUCUGGUUUAUAAACACUUCAGUGCAGGGCAUUUUAAAUCAUACUUCUGUUUUCUUAACACUUGCUAGAAAAGAUUCAUACAGGCCUGUUUUUAUAUCAUUCAAAACUUAGUUUGUGUUUGGAGUCAGAAGAUGACCACUUCUCUGAUUCCCUUCCACCUCUUAAGGUUUUUUUAUUAUGAUUAUUUUAAUCUAAGCCAUUUAACUACUUUUUCCAUGUACCUGACUCUCCUUACACUACAGAGCUAAAAUACAAGAUAUUUUUUGUUAAAGAAAAUAGAGGUAGAGGCAUCAGGAAAAAUAAAGUAAUUGAAAAGUACACAAACCUCAAAACAAAAUUGCUAACUUAAAUCAGGCUCCUGUAUGGAUGUAUUUUCUGCUUUAAUUGAAACAUCUUUAUCUGUUUUGUUUCACUUUGUGUUUUUGGCAGUUCUUGUAGUUGAUUUGUAUGUUCCCCCUUUGUAGUCAGGCAGUUAUUCUGUUUUGUGCUUUCUACAACAAAAAGCGGAGAAGCCUUCUUUUAAAAGAAAAUGAAGAUUAAAAUAUUGCAGUGCAUGACACUUAUCAUAUGUUCUCUAAACUCACUUUCCACUUGAUUAGUGCCCCUGUCAUAGUACAAGAAUAUUGUUACUUUUACAAAUUAGCAAGUAUUUGAUGAGGAUGUCCAGCAGCAGCAAGCAUUGGGGAAUAAAUAUACCAAAUGAGAAAAAGCUAUAUAUCACAAAUUCUCUAUAGAGGUCUAGAAACUGCUGCUUGGACAAGUAUGAAGCAUGAAUUUGUAAUUUUGCAACUGCCACUGUGGGGAAAAUAAUUUGCCUACAUGGAGUCAUUUGUUGAAUUCAAUUUCAAACU